AUGAACGGUGGCGAUGGAAGAACGAUCGUUUUGAACCCUCAUUCCGAGACGGGAAAAACGGUCGUGCUCCUCUCGUUUGGAUUCGUCGCACAAGCGAUGCUUUUAACGCUCACCUUCCUCUUCGCCUAUACCUUGGCGAAAACGCAAACGAAAAGAAAACUCGUCGGUUUAAAAGACGUCUUGAGACAAAUCGCGGACGAAAACCACCCAAAUACGAUUUUAAACCCGGAGAGUUUACGGAAAAUCAUCGGGACGUUACCGAAAUGGGUGGACUUUUCGGACUACCAUCGAGUGCCUUGGCUGAAUAAAGCGGUGAAAACGAUGUGGCCGUUUCUGGAUAAAGCGAUCGCUUCGUCGGUUAUUUGGGCGUUAUCGGACGUGGUGAACGAUUUAGCGAAGAUGAGUAAACUGAAGAUUGGGUUUCGGACGUGGACGUUAGGGGACGAGCCGCCGAUUUUAACCGCGGCGAAAGUGUUGGACGACGUGGAAGGCGAGGUCACGUUGGAUUUGGAGUUUAAGUGGGUGGCGGUGAAACCAGAGGUGGUUUUGGACGUGAAAGCGGCUGGGAUUAAUUUACCGAUUAAGUUAGAACACAUAGAGGCGUUCGGGGUGGUGAGGUUGGUGUUCACGCCGUUAGUGCCGUGGUGGCCGUCGUUCGACGGGAUGAAAAUUGCCUUCGUGGACAAGCCGACGAUUGAUUUUAGUUUGAAACUGAUUGGUGGAGAUAUCAAUACCAUUCCGUUCGUGGCGAGCUCGUUGAGGCAUUUAAUUACAAACUCGUUGGUGGACUUGAUGGUGUGGCCGCAAAAGAUUUGGGUGCCUAUGGGAGAAACGUGGGAGAGAGAGAACACGAAUAUUAGCGGGUUGUUGAAAAUCGGGAUCCAAAGCGCCGAGGAGUUGGUCAGCGGGAUGAACGUUUUAGAAAGAGGCGUGAGCGCGAUGACGAGUUUGAAGUCGUUCGUCGCGGUGGAGUUGAAUCAAAAGAACGCGCGAAGGAAAUACACGGAAGUGAAAGGUGGGCGGUCGCCGGUGUACGAGGAACAGAUUAGUUUGCGCGUGGACGAUAUUCGGUACUCGAAAAUCAAGUUUACCGUGUAUAACUCCAGCGUGGUUGGACGGAUGUUAAAAGGUGGAUUCGAUAACGGGAACAAACAGCGAGACAACGACGAGGAGCAAACGGAAAUAUUGAACACGGAAAUCGGGUUCGCGCUGUGCGAUUUGAGCGGAUUUCAAAUGAAGGAUUCGAACAAGACGUUGAGUUUGACUUUGGACAUCGAGAAGCCGGAAAUUCACGGCGUCGCGUCGAGGUCGACGCAAGUCGCCAAAGCGGUUAUUUAUUCCCCGUUCACGAUUUUAUCGGUCGGUGCGAGAGGCGUCGCCGCGGUUGGACGGAAAGCCAUGAAUGUAGAUAAAGUGGAAAAGAAGAGAGAAACGAACGGGAGGUUGCGCGUGACUUUGCAAUAUUUACCGUUUGAGGAUAGAAAUAAUAAUAAUAAUGCAAACACGGAGACAACGUCGAGUGAGAGUAGUAAUAUUAAUAAUAAUGCUUCAGCGGUGAGGACAGAGUCGAUGAUGGUUUCCAAUUACGUUGGAACCGACGCGGCUAUUCGUAAAGGGAAAGAGUACACCGGCGUCCUGUACGCGCGCAUUAUUCGAGCGGAUGCGCUUCGCGCAGCUCGAGGUAUUAACCCCGACCCGUACGUGAAAAUUAAGUUCGGGAAACAAAAACGCAAGACGAAAACGAAAGUUGACACUCGGCGACCGACGUGGGAGGAAGAGUUUGAGUUCAUAGUCGAUACGGCGGAAUCGAGUCGAAGCGCGAUUGAAAUUUCGGUUUGGGAUCGCGCGCCGUUGGGUAGAAAACAAAGUCUCGGGACGCUCAGAUUACACUCCGGCGAUAUCUUGUCGCAAUGUUUGUCCGUGUUUAAAGAUACCGGCGCAGAAUUUAUGGAGAAGAAAUUUGAGUUGGCGAACGUGCCGUGCGGGACGCUGUUGAUUCAGUUCGAGUUUAUAUCCGUCUCGCAAGCGCCGGCGUUGGAGACAGACAUCGAAGAGGCGAAGGAGGCGUUGAUUCAAACCGAAAUGAAACGGUUGACGACAAAGAAGGAGAAAAAAGCGUCGUCGAAAAUUUUAUCUUCCGCCGAGGUAGCGGCAGGAUCAGCAGUGACAGCCAUUCCGGAGAAGUUUGAGUGGCGUCAAAGUAGUCCAGGGAAGGUUGUCGAUUCCGCGCCGACGGAGCCGACGAUACCAAAGAAGAAGAAACCUCUCGGGAGACGAAUCGCGAGCGUAUUUCGAAGCAAACAGGAGAAGGAGCGCAAAAAGAUGGCAAAGAUGGAAGCGUCGUACGAGGAGAGUGAAAGCGAUGACGAUGACGACAUCGACGAAACCUUGGAAACGAAUAGAAAGCUCUCUGCCGUUCCGGAGGAGACGGGGGAUGCCGAGAAAGACCGCCGGGCGAAGAACAACAGACGAAAAUCCUUACACAUAAACAUCGAGGAUCUGAACAAAGUCAAAAUGGGGUCGCCCGUAUCCGAACACGAAUCCGUCAUCCAAAAGAGGAAAGCGUAUUACCGCGCGUCCUCUAAGUUCGGUGACUCGAACGAAACGCUGAAAUUCAAAUCCGCGUUGGAUGAAGUUUUAGAGAAGGAAGAGGCGAAGAAACAGCAACAACUACAAAAUAUGCUCGCGAGUCCCAAAGGAAAGAUGAAUGCGAAAAGUAAACCGAUACCUGGAGCCGUCGUUUCCGAUUCUAGCGAAGAGGAGCUCGAACACGACGAACGUGAGCGACGACGGAUACAACGCCUUUCGAUUGGUGCCGAAAAUUAUUCGAGCAACGCGGAGACGUCCUCGGAGUCUUCCUUCGAGUCCGGCGACAGUAUCUCGGAAUUCUCCUCCGAAUCUGAAAUCGACGAUGAUAAAUACGACUCCACGACUCGAGAGAAACGUUCGACGCUUCGCAAAGCCUUGCGACGAAUGAAGCGCGAAUUAGCCGGCAGAACACCCAAACACGACAGAAUUCGCGAUCGAGAGUUUUACGACAAGAAGAAAGCGGAGAGAGACGCCGAGAGAAAGAUGGAACAAGCCGUUCCGGGAUACGAGUGGCGAAGUAAGAACCAACAGUGGAAACAAAAAGACGUGACCGAGUCAAGAUUUACGAAAGCCUAG